CUUUUCUGCCAGCAAAAUCAUUGAUAUCAUCGUCUCACAUUUGCAAUACCAAUAUCAUAGUACCAGUUAAUCAGUGUAGGGGAAAAAUGGACGAGGGAACUGGACAUGGACCUUUUUAUUUUGAGCUCAACACUGGAGCUAAAAUGCCAUCUGUUGGUUUGGGAACCUGGAAAGCUUCUCCAGGUGUUGUUGGUGAAGCUGUCGUGACUGCAGUCAAGGCUGGUUAUCGACACAUCGACUGUGCCCAUGUUUAUGAUAAUGAAAAAGAGAUUGGGCUUGCAUUGAAGGGACUGUUUUCUUCAGGAGUGGUGAAGCGCAAAGAAUUGUUCAUCACAUCAAAACUAUGGUGUUGUGAUCAUGCACCUGAAGACGUCCCAAAGGCAAUGAUCAGAACUCUAGAAGACCUUCAACUUGACUAUGUUGAUCUCUAUCUUAUACAUUGGCCAUUUCGUAAAAAGCCUGGCAUGAGAGGAUGGGACCCUGAAAUGAUGGCUCCCCUUUGUCUUCCAGAGACAUGGGCUGCAAUGGAGAGCUUGUAUAAAUCUGGUAAGGCUCGAGCCAUUGGAGUCAGCAACUUCUCGACUAAGAAGUUGCAGGAUCUGCUCAAGUAUGCCAAAGUUCCUCCUGCUGUCAAUCAGGUUGAAUGCCAUCCUGUUUGGCAGCAGCCAGGGUUACACAACUUGUGCAUGUCUACUGGUGUUCAUCUAUCGGCAUAUUCCCCUCUAGGAUCUCCAGGGUCUUGGAUUAAAGGAGAAGUACUGAAGGAACCAAUUUUGGUUGAAAUUGCUGAAAAACUUAACAAGUCUCCAGCACAAGUUGCUCUGCGGUGGGGUAUUCAGAGUGGUCACAGUGUCCUUCCGAAAAGUGUGAACGAGUCUAGGAUCGAGCAAAACUUGAGCCUUUAUGAUUGGUCCAUACCUCCGGAGAUCUUCGCCAAAUUCUCAAGCAUCCAUCAGCAAAGACUCCUCCGCGGGGAAUUCGCAUUACAUCCAACUUGUAGUCCUUACAAGAGCCUUGAAGAACUGUGGGAUGGUGAAAUAUGAGAUGAUGCUGAUUCUAUUAUGUUUUCGUUUUACUUUCUCUACACAAAAGACAAGGCAGGGGCAAAGUUUUGUCUUAGGAACAAUGAAUUGUUGGCCUUUUGAUUGCUUAUCGUCUAAAGAAAUGAAUUAUUCCUUCA